AUGCUCUGUAUUGCUAAGAAUUCCGCUACUAAGAGACUGUUAUCUGCUUUUGUAGUUCUCCCCACGAAAAACUCGACUAUACAGCCUCCUCUCAACACACCAGAACAAGAUGAUAAGUUUAAACCACCAUCCGAAGCUCAAAGAGCAUAUCUAGAUCGUGUCAUCCGGGUCGAUCAAGCUGGCGAAUUGGGUGCAAAUUAUAUAUAUGCAGGUCAAUACUUUAUACUUGCAAACAAAUACCCGCACCUGAAGCCUAUAUUACAGCAUAUGUGGGACCAGGAGAUUCUCCACCACAAUAAAUUCAACGAGCUACAGUUGAAGAAACGUGUUAGACCUUCAUUGCUAACUCCACUUUGGAAACUGGGGGCAUUUGCUAUCGGCAGCAGCACUGCGUUGCUGUCGCCGGAGGCCGCUAUGGCAUGCACCGAAGCAGUCGAGACUGUCAUUGGUGGUCAUUAUAAUGACCAACUCCGUUGUUUGAAUGGUCAAUAUGAGUUGGAAAGUUUAUCUGGUCUUCGCAAGGGCCAAAGUGAAGAGAUCAAAAGCCUCAUAGCAACCAUCAAACAGUUUCGAGAUGAAGAGUUGGAACAUUUAGAUACGGCAAUACACUACGACUCUCAGAAAGCUGUGCCUUACGUUGCCCUUACUAAUACAAUUAAAACAAUCUGCAAGGUGGCUAUCUGGACUGCUGAACGAGUAUAA